GCUAAAUUGGAAAUUGUUCUUAUUGCCUGUACCUUAUAAAACACAACUUUUAGUCGAUUUACACUCGUCUAGUUAACACAUCACUUUCUCGUCAAUGGUUCAAGUAUGUAAUCGUACAUUAAAUUUGUCUUAAUUGAGUUGUUUCUACGUGAACUUUAUAUUUAUAUUAUAAGUUUCAACUGACCAAUAAUCAUGACAUUUGAAAAACCGAUACUUGUGUGCGCUGUUUACUUUCUCUCCAUGUCGUUGGCUCUUGGGGACAAAAACGAGGCACGUUCACAUACAAAUCUAAGAUUUUCAGAUGAAGAAUGCAACAAGGAAAAACAUUGCACUUCCCGUGAGUUUGAACACAGCACUCACUCAGUUUGGAAAUCCGACCAAGGAUCGUUUGAUGGUUGUCCAAAACCUCGACGAGACGCAGUGGAGGAAUUAAUUGAUGACAUCUACGACUCAAUCAGGAAAGCAAAAGAUGGUCUCGCAAGCCCCAAUGAUUAUCCAGCUGACUACAGUCCAAAGGACGGGGAAGAGUUUGAUUUUAUUGUUGUAGGAGCAGGGUCAGCAGGGGCUGUUGUGGCCAACAGGCUCACGGAGAUUGAGGGUUGGAGGGUGCUACUGGUGGAAGCUGGUGGAAAUCCUACAACAGCAUCAGAAGUUCCUGGUUUGGCCGGUUCCUUACAACAAACCGACUUAGACUGGCAGUAUACCACAGAUCCUGAAGAGAAAGUCUGCCUUGGUGUAGAGAACAGUACAUGUUACUGGCCCAGAGGAAAAGUUCUGGGUGGCUCUAGCACCAUCAACUUUUUACUUUACAAGAGAGGGAACGCAAAGGACUACGACGCCUGGGCCAAAGCUGGUAAUGCCGGUUGGAGUUACGAAGAUGUUCUGCCUUACUUCAAGAAGUCCGAGGACAUGAGAGCACCUGAGGUAAUGGCAAGUGAAAAUGUAGAAAGGUAUCACGGGACCGGAGGAUACUUGCAAGUGGACUCUUGGUUCCAUGAAGAGGCUCCAGGCGCAAUCCACGUUUUCAGAAAGGGUUUAGAAGAACUAGGAUAUCCUUACAACAUAGAUGUUAAUGGAAAGGAUCAAACUGGCAUCACAAAGGUGCAAGGUACUUUAAGAAAUCAUAGACGUUGUAGUACAGCCAAGGCUUUCCUGUCACCCAUUAAAGAUAGAAAAAAUCUGAAAGUGGCUAAAAACAGACUGGUGACCAAAAUACUAAUUGAUAAAAUCAUUAUGACGGCGCAAGGAGUAGAAAUAUCGGACAGUAAAGGCAAUAUAAUUCAAGUGCGAGUAAAGAAAGAAGUGAUCGUAUCAGGGGGGGCAAUCAACUCUCCCAAAAUAUUGAUGUUGUCUGGUAUAGGACCAAGACAACAUUUGAGGGAUUUGAAUCUGCCGGUUAUCAAAGAUUUACCUGUCGGUGAGAAUCUUCAAGAUCAUCCACAAAUGUUGGGUCUCUUAAUUACCGUCAAUCACUCUGAACCCUCAAUGCCAUCGUCUGAUUCAGUCGAUAGCAUGUUUAAUUUUCUAAUAAAGGGGUCUAGUAGUCUUUCGGUAUUGGGAACCAAUCCAUAUACCAGUUUUAUCAAUACAGUGAAAGACGUAAACUAUCCUGACAUCCAGUUAUAUCAAAUGCACUUCAACAAACAUGAUACUGAUGGAAUGAGAAAGUAUUUGAAAGGAAUCCAUUUGAAAAAGCACAUAGAAGAUGAAUUUCUGAAAAUAAAUGAACAUUCGUAUACAAUUUUCUUAUCUGCUUCGUUGAUGAGACCUUUUGGUAGAGGUAAAAUUUUGCUGAAGGAUUCUUUCCCUACAACGCACCCCAAACUUUUAUCAGGAUAUGUAAUGGAUCGUCGAGACAUUGAAACUUUCAUGAGGGCACAUGACUUCCUUUCUCAACUUGUUCAUACGAGAGCAUUUAAAAGUGUUGAAGGCAAACUUCACAAGAUCGGUCUCCCGAGUUGUGAUAGUCAUCCUUCUGGAUCCAUCGAGUACUGGGAAUGUUUUGUUAGACAUUUCGCAGUGACAACGUAUCACCUCAGCGGCUCUUGCAAGAUGGGACCAUCCUGGGACCUCGAGGCGGUCGUGGAUCCUACCCUCAGGGUCGUUGGUAUCAAUGGUCUGAGAGUUGUGGACGCUUCAAUCAUGCCAACUGUUGUCAGUGGGAACACGAAUGCCCCCACCAUCAUGAUUGCUGAAAAGGCAUCGGACAUGAUUAAAGAAAAGUGGAUUUAAUAGGCCAUUGAAAACAAUUCCACCGUUUGAUUACUUCUACUCGAAGAGUUCUUUUACUGACUUUAAUGAAUCGAGUAAGUUCUAUUUUUUUACAAUAGGUAAACUAUUACAACUUUAAAAGGCUUAGCACUAUUGGUUAAUGCUCUCUGUGUAAAAAACAUAAAUACUGUCAUAUUAUUUCUAAGCAUAAUAAUUUAUGUUCAAUUUUCAGCACUACAUUAUUGCCAUAUACAAAUAAAGGUAUUUGUAAUACCAAAUAAUAAUUUGUAGAUAUCAAUACAAUCUUACUCAGCAUAGUGAACUAAAAUAUCGAAAAUUAGAUUCAAAAUACGUUACGGUACUAUAGUUGAUGAUACCUCUUGGGAGUAUAAGGUGAUCCGUUUACUGACAUAUGCAGGCUAUUGCAAAGUUUUUAUCUAACUCUAAUUUUUGCCCUUCACUUAAAAAAAAGGUUAAGACGUCUGAAUCGCUGAGAAUAAUUCUUUUUCAAUACCUCACCACCGGCCCCCAAAUAUGUAUGUAUAUAUAUAUAUAUAUAUAUUUAUAUUUAUAUAUAUAUUUUGUGUGUGUGUGUGUGUGUGUGUGUGUGUGUGUGUGUGUGUGUGUGUGUGUGUGUGUGUGUAUUUCUGGCCACCACGUUUUUAUUUUAAAUGGGGGUGACACUCUGUAAAAACUUUACUAUCCCGUUAUUAUUAUUUGUCAUAGUGAAAUAAACUUGGUAUGAACAUCUAGUAAAUCAACUAUUGUUUUACAGUUUUCAAAAAGAUUUCCCGGUUAUUGAGUUAUUACAAUUUGAAAAUUGUUUAUAGCCGACACUUUGAAAUCUAAUAUAAUAUUUUUUCAGAACUUUUUUUCAAAAACAGAUUAGACUUAAUUAGACUAAAUAUUUUGCAAAGUUUGAACUUAAUACAUGAUACUAUCAUGUGAUCGCUAGAAAUGUAAGCAAAAAUGUUAAUAGAUUUUUUAAAUGUUCUAAUUGUUACAUAAUUUGAACCUCCGCUCAAGCAUUUUGCCCUAAAGGCUAUAAAUAUUCUCAUUUUGAUUUAAUUACUUUAGUCAUUUUGUUUUUGUAUUUAAUAUAGUUGAUAUUUGAUUCUUAAGCAUUUAUUACAGCAUUUAUGGUAUGAGUAUGUAUGCAUACAUGUGUGUGUUUCAAUAUUAAGUUUCAAGAUUAUAUUGUUUGAUAUGUGA